AUGGUGGCGGCAUUUCGUGCGUGCGCUUCCGGCGGCGCGACGACGGUGGACAUUCUCCGCUCCCAGGCGAUCAAGCUCUCAAGUGACCUCGCGCGCGUUCUGCGAUGGCGUCCUCAAGCUGUAACGCUCGUUACGAGCUCGUUCCUCACCAAGAUCGUCCAGACGCGCCUCGCUGAUCCUUCCCAGACGCGUGCGCGCCGAGCGCUCGAAUCUCGAAACGCGGCAUAA